GAGAAAGGAUGGAAGAAGCAGCGGACAUCUUUUGUUUCAUCCCUCCUUAAAAACCAGCCUCGUUGUCGGUGUCGAAUUGUAGCGAGUGCAGUAACGCCAACCUUCUCUAUAUUCACUUCUGCUCUUUCUUUCUUUUUUGUUCUCACGCGAACUCACCAAUCAACUUCUGCUGCAGGUGUUUCCGUGCGUUUCGUCACUACAACGCCUGUUUUUUUUUCCCCUCUCUCGAGCGUAUACGCAACGUAUUUCUUUUACUGAACACAGAAACAUAGAUUCACAUUCAAUGGACGUCCAACGUCACCGAUAGUCAUUACUGCUGCUCUUCGUUUUCUCUCUCUCUAUAUAUAUAUGUGCAUCCUACAAUUUCGUAGUGCUUUCCUUGUUAAGGUUUCUCUCUUCUUCUUUUUUUAAUCAAGGUGCAACCAUGUCGUGGAUGCGCAGCCGAUCGCAGCAACAGAACCUGCCUGGCUCGCAGCGUGAGACCUCGCCGCUCCCCGCGCCGUGCAGUCUUUCCCAGACCUCACAAAGCUCGACCACGCGUGUGUUGGGGGCGGACAUCACCAACCGUAGCCCCACACCGCCGCCACCAUCCUUGUUGAUUAGCAAGGCAGUUGCUCGCACUCGUUCUGCUGCUCUUACUACUAGUCCGCCCUCCUCGUCCAGCACGGUGAGGUGGCCAAUCAGGCAAACCGAGACUUUCCCCUGCUCCUCUCCACAUGAUCAUGGCGGCGACGCUAGCGACAGCGCGCGAACCGCAGUGCCCUUUGUCUUGCCGUCGUACGACACGUUUCUGGAUGCGCUGGGAGGGGGAAGAAGCGAAGCGGAGGAAUUACAUCUGCCAGCAACGCGGCGCCGCUCUCGCCCUCCAGCGGCAACCGAGUUGCUCACCGCAGAGAAGGACAACAACGGUGACAGUCAAAGCGAUCCACAAGAGCGGCGGGAAGAAGAGGAGAAGGCCAGUCUUGGGCAAAGUUCAACGCAAUUCGCUGCGAAGACGGUUCAGGAGAACGGCACGCCCGACCAACAGCCUGUAAAGCGCGCACGAUUGCACUCAAACACACAUGGCCGUGCAAGCUCGCCAACGUGUCAACGCAACGAGACGUGCCGAGAAUGUGCAAGCAACGCAACUGAAACGGGGAAAUCUCUUCUUUCUGCCGAGGUCUCGUGGAAGACGCACACCCGCACGGAGACUUCCGGCGGCGACAACAGCGCAAACAACUGUUUCACCUCCGUGUCAACGAAUAUGCCGCUCUGCAGCUCUCUGUAUUGCGAAAGGGUGUUCAGCCCCGCUCCGACGUCCAACGCAGAAUGUGCGUCUUUCGACCCGUACAAGGAGCGGCAGAGCGGCGUACCCGUGGCGGUGCCGCCUUCGUCGACGUGGGCCACCUCUGCCUUAUCUACGCUUCCAAGCUCACGCAGAGGACUUGCCCACUUGUGUAUGCCGGCGCGCCUGCUCGACGUGGAAGUCCCAUCCUGGCAAGUCAUGACUGCUGCCGCGGUCAACACUGAUGAACCAACUGCGGUGUCAGCGGUAACACCGCAGGGUCAUCGCAGAAUGCGAAUUGUGAAUUCUGUGGACAGCACCAUCGUCUACUCCCCCGGGUCGCUAGAAGACAUCAGUCCCAUUCUGUGUCUCUCUGAUGAGGGCGCCGUGCUGCAGGGUGACACAAGAGGAUCGCUCAGUCGCGGCACCCCGGCGCAUCUCCGAAAUGAGGAGGCUUUCCCUAUGAGAAAGGAUAAUCAGGAGAGUUGCGAGAUGAGCGUUGGCACUCCCGUGGCCCAUCCGUUGUUUUCCCAGGUGAACCGAGACUAUGAAGAAGAGGGGGAAAUGCGAGACACGCAUCUGCGGGAGGACGUGUUGCAUGUCGCCUCCGACGCGUUCGAAAACCUCCAACGAUGUUUGCGUUGCUGGCAAAAAUGA